AUGCAAGGAUGGCGUAUGAGUAUGGAAGAUGAACAUAUUUGUUGUUUAGAACUAAAGCCUAACAUGACCACUACCACGGAUUUUAAAGACCAUGUUGCGUUUUAUGCUGUUUUUGAUGGCCAUGGCGGCUCCUCUAUUGCUGAAUUUAGUGGGGAUAAUGUUGCCAAGAUUUUAAGUAAAGAAGAGGCAUUUUUAAAACAGGAUUAUGUGCAAAGUUUAAUUGAUUGUUUCUUACAUACAGAUGAAGAAAUUUUAAAGGACCAAAUUUUAAAAAUGGAUCAUUCUGGUUGUACAGCAACCACUAUUUUGAUUAGCAAGUUGCAAAAUAGAAUUAUAUGUGCCAAUAGUGGUGAUAGUAGAACUGUUUUAAGUAGUUCUGGAUUGGCUAAAAACUUAUCGUAUGAUCAUAAACCAACCAAUGCUGGAGAAAGAGCUCGUAUCUAUAAUGCUGGAGGGUUUGUAGAAAUGAGCAGAGUUAACGGUAACUUGGCAUUAAGUCGUGCUAUUGGUGAUUUUGAAUUCAAACAAAAUGCUGAUUUGCCACCGGAGGAACAAAUUGUUACUGUUUAUCCUGAUAUUUUAGAACAUUCCAUAAAUCCAGAACAAGAUGAGUUUGUUAUAUUAGCUUGUGAUGGUAUAUGGGACUGUCUAAGCAGCCAAGAAUGUGUAGAUUUGAUUCAUUAUGGUAUUGUUUAUGAUGAUAGUUUGAAAUCUUUGGAAGAUAUUUCUUCCAAGAUUGUUGAUGUUUGUUGUUCUCCAGAUGCCGGUGGACAAGGUAUUGGGUGUGAUAAUAUGAGUAUGAUGAUUGUAGCAUUAUUGAAAGACGGAGAGAGUGUGGAUGCUUGGUUUACUAGAAUUAAAGAAAAGCAUUUUAAUGGUACUUCUGAUAGCGAUGAACUAAAGCAGCGUAUACUCCCAGAUGGUACCAGUUUUGUGAACGCUAGAAAAAAGAUUUUUAGUUAUUAUGAUUUUGAAGAUGAAGAUGACGAAGAAAAUGAUGAAAGUACCGUUUUUCAAAUAACCAAUCCAAAAAAUGAUGCUAGUGGUAAUAUUGGCGGUCUUUGCAGAGGUAGCAAUGCUGGUCUAUUUUCCAGUAAUAGAAGAGCUAUUUUAGAAGAUGAUGAUGAGGAAGAAGACAAAAAAGCGGUUUCUACUGUUAAGGGCUCCAAGUAUGGAUCAAAGGAUGGUAAGACCAAAACAAAGGGAGAAGAAGAUGAAGAGGAAGAAGAAGAAGAGGAAGAUGACGAAGCAAAUGAACAUAGUCCAUUUACUCGCUCAAAUGAUGGCAAAAUUGUUUUAAAUUUGGAUGAUUUUUUGCAACAAAAUGGUAGUUUGACCAGAGAUGAAAAUGGUAUGACUUAUAUUCAAGGGCAUUUAUUAUCUGAAGUUCUGGAGUCAUUAGUAGGCGGUACUGCUUCUGGUAAAGACAAAGUCGCUGAGAAACCUGGCCAAGAGACUGAAGAGGAUAAGUCGAAAAGUAAAAUUGAAGAAAUUAAAGAAGAUGGAGAUAAAUAA